GGUCGGGCGUGCGAACCAAUGACUAGCUAGGUGCGGCGUUGUUUAAUUCAUUCGCCGACGACGAUUCAUAGUCACAUUGAACCUCCGUGCGAGCUAGUAAGUCAACAGUAAGUUAUCUUUCCACGUCCGUUGCUAUUAUAAAUGUCGAGAAUGUCAUCUACCAACAUCAAUGUGGGAAUAUUGGAUGGGCGCAAUUCGAGCCGGGUUUUAAAACCUCCGGGCGGUGGAUACUCGCAAAUCUUUGGCCAAUGCGAGAACGAGAGGCCGAAGCAGAUCAGGCAUCAAAACACCUCAGAGAUCAAGGACUGCUUUAUGCACCAAGAAACUAAGACUGAAAUCACACAAGAGACUGUAACUAAGAAGGAAGAACUGGAGACGGUUAACGAUGGUAACAAUGUAGUGAACAAGAUUGAGGCGACAACGGAGCCGGUCGUCAAGGAUGAAGUACCGGUUAACGAUGGUCCUGUGGCGAUCAAUGAUGUGCCAUUGGAUAUCAAGGAGGUUGCAGCUCCCAUCAAAGAAGGCAACGAUGAUAAGCUGGAGAACAACGAAAUUAAUUUGAAACAGGCGCAGAGAACCCGCGUGCCACCGGGUGGUUACUCUUCAGGCUUUUGGUAAAGAGUCGCCAGCUUGAAAACAAAACAAAAAAAAUAAUUGCUCGUUUCGUCAAAUGCUGUAUUUUUCUUGUCCCCAUUUAUAUUAUCUAUAUAUUUAUAUGUAUGCGUAUAUAUACAUAUAUAUAUAAAAAUUUAUAUAUAUAUAUUUUACUCGAUUGUGAUUAUUUCUUACUAUUUGUAAUAAUGCGCCUUUAUAAAAAUUAAACAACUUUCGUAAAAAGUACAAGUCGGUUCUUGCAAAUGACGUGCCUUUUUUGUUCCUAUCUUGUGUAGUAGUCACGCCUAUAUCCUAUAUAUUUAUCUUCAUUUCUUAUUUUACUUCUCCGAAAAUGAGUGUAUGUGGCUGUUCACGAAUAAAACAUGAAGGAGGAUCGAUAGGGCAGUUUUAUGUGCGGACCAAAUAAAUAAAAAACAACUGCGAAUGGCCGAACCGUGGAAGGGCACGCCUGUUUCUGUUAGUCAUACGGUCACUAACUUUAAGUGAAAAUCGAGUUGAAAGCUUCGACAAGGGUAAACGUUUAGGCCGUAUUUAGCGAAAUGUUAUAUAUAUAUAUAUUGUUUAUUCUACUUAACACGAACGUGCUGAUGUGACUCACAGACGUGGUCUGUUCUUCCAUACAUACACAAUGUUUGCUUGAUGCACUAGCAUUGCACCAGCAGUUGACUUAUUUGGCUUUAAAUGUAAAUUGAUAUGCUGUUGAAUUGAAAUACAGCAACAAUGAAUCACGCCGCUUCAUCAAAUCGCAUUGUGCUUGUUUACGAAAAUAAAAUAAACAUUCCAUGUUUGGUUUCUUUCCAA